AUGGGAGUAUCAACCAUGGCCUUACCAGGGACGAGGCUCGGUGCCAUUCGCGCCUACUUCUUUGGCUUCUUCAUCUGUACCGCCGGAUUCCUGUUUGGAUAUGACACGGGCAUUGUCGGCGGGAUCCUCGAGUUCAAAUCCUAUGUCAAUGAUUUCGGGUACAAAGACCAAACCACCGUCAGUGCGGUGAUGGUCAGUUUGCAGAAUGUCGGCGCCUUCCUUUCGGCGCUGAGUAUCUGCGUCGCGUCCGACCGCUUUGGGCGCAAGAGGACGGUGCAAGCUGCCAUGGCGGUAUUCUGCAUCGGUGUCCUCAUCCAGGUCGUCCCCUCGCAUUCGUUAGUCUGCUUCUAUAUCGGGCGGUUCGUGGCCGGAUUGGGUCUGGGAGCGGGGACAGCCGUGGUUCCAUCAUACAACGCCGAGAUGGCCCCCAAGGAAAUUCGAGGAAAGCUCGGAUCCGGCAUGCAGUGGCUCUUUGCGCUGGGCGUCAUGUUGAGUUAUUGGAUCGACUAUGCGGUCAAGAUCAGCAUGCCAGUAUCCUCGAAACAAUGGCAAAUCCCCGUCGGUCUACAAAUGGUCCCGGCCGGUGUGCUUGCCUUGGGUUUGUUUGCGUUGCCGGAGAGUACCCGCUGGCUGGCCAAGAAGGGUCGAUAUGAUGAAGCGUUUGAGAGUCUGAAGUGGAUCCGCGCGAGUGACGGCCCCGAGGUCAAGGCGGAGUUCAAUGAAAUCCGAGUCGGGCUGGCCGAAGAGCUGCGAGCCACCGAGGGCUUCAAGAAACGUGAGCUGCUCGAGCCCGCCAACCGUUACCGACUCCUUCUCGCCUUCUUCAUGUUUUGCGGCCAGCAGUGUACUGGGAUGACGGCACUGGCGUAUUUCGGCCCGCAAUUCUUCAAGUUGAUUGUCGGGGAUAACACCGACCAGUCCUUAUUGAUCACGGGUCUCUUCGGGGCAGAGAAGUUCGUCACCGUGGGCAUAUACAUCUUGUUCUUCUCGGAGAUGUGGGGACGCAAGCCGACCCUGUGGAUUUCGGCUCUGCUGAUGGCUUGUUGCUUCGUGAUUGUCACAGUUGUCAAGGAGACCACGCCUCCUCCUAACUCCAAAGCCACUCCGGCUGGGAUCGGAAUGGUCGCAAUGAUCUUCCUGACCAAUUCGAUCUAUCAGUUUAGUUGGGGUCCAUUACCCUGGCCAUACACAGCCGAGAUUUUCCCAACUCGAAUUCGUGAGGUUGGAACCUCCGUCGCCGUAUCCACACAGUGCUAUGUCUUCCUCUUUUAUGCGGCGCUUGAUGUGAUCAUGGCUGUCAUUGUCUUCUUCUUUGUCAAGGAGACCAAGGGCAAGAGUCUCGAGGAGAUGGAGACCCUGUUUGACAGCAAGGCGGCCUUUGAUGUUGAUGCGGCCCGGCGAGAGGCACUUCGAGACGUGGAUGAAGUUGCCAUGAGCCAUGAGCCAUGA